AUAGCUAGCUAUAUAUCAAUGGCGUCCUCCAAAGCUCUGCAACUCCAAGCAAUGGUCUCAGCUUUGGCGCUUGUGCUGGUCCUAAUUUCCUUGUUCCCUCACUCAGAAGGAUGCAUAGCAGCAGACGAGUCCAACAACUACGGGCGAAUAAAAUUCCACAGAGUUUCCCACUACUCAUUCUUCCCAGGAGCACCGCGAUGGCCUCCUUCAAAAUACAGCUUGACCUACAACUUUCCUUCGGGUUUCCCACAGGACAAAGUAGGUGCGGUGGUUGCAGCUUUCAACGAGUGGGAUUCCAAAACCAAGUUCAGCUUCACACGUGUGGCCAACAAUGUCCGAGCUGACAUCACAAUAAGCUUCCAAAGAGGGAACCAUGGAGAUGGCUAUCCGUUUGAUGGGCCUGGGGGAGUGCUGGCACAUGCCUUUGCGCCAACCGACGGCAGGCUUCACUUAGACGGCGAUGAUCGGUAUGCGGUGGGCGCUGUUCCUGGCAAUUUUGACACCUCGAGCGUGGUGGUGCAUGAGAUUGGCCACAUUAUGGGCCUCGGCCACAGCAACGAUCCUCAGGCCAUUAUGUACCCAUACAUUAACGAUGGCGUUGUCAAGGCCACCUUGCAGCAAGACGAUCUUAAUGGAAUUCGGGCUUUAUAUGGACCUUGAUUAUGUUAAUUAAUCAAACAAUCUCUCAAAUAAUGAUAAUAAUAAUAAACUACUAUUACUACUACAUGUCAUAAAAUAAAACUUCAGGCUAAGGGGAAAUAAUUAAACUGAUGAACAAUGUAACUAUGUGGUAAUAAAUAUAUGAUAUU